CUUCUUAAUUUCUUUUAUUCUAAUUAAUUAAUUAAUAAUGUAUCUUUUCCAUUUUUAAACAUAACAUAUUAAUCAAAUCUAAAUAAAUUAUAGUAAUCAAACGAUCUCUAUCUAGUAGUUCCGCCAAGAACUAGUCGAUGACCGAAGAUCUAUAAAUUGAUGAUGUUUAUCAUUAUCAUUAAACUCAAUAUUUGAUAAUAAGAAAAAUUACAUUUAAAAUGAUGAUGUAGUUAAUAAUGGUUUUUAUUAUUCCAUAACAGACCUAUUUUAGGUGAAAUAUUUUUAUUUUAAACUAAAAUUGUACAUAACAUUACUUAUCUAUGAUCUACUAUAGAUAUUAAAUUUUACCAGGAAAUUAAAAUUGGUUAUCAAUGAAGUACCAAUUGUUUACCCAGUGGUUUGUAUUUUUACUUUUGGCUCUAAAAGCCCACGCUGAAAAAGAUAAUUCUAAAGAAGAUGAUGAUGAUAGUUAUGACCUAAGAACAGAAGAAGUAGAUGAUCAUGAACAAACAGCUAGUCGAAUGUUUCAGUUAAUUAAUGAAGCAGCCAUUGAAUUAGUUGCAGCUCCUGAUUUAUCAAAAGAAAAGCCUAUUAAUAAAGAUGAUGACUAUAAAUCAGACCAAACAAAGAACUUUGAGACAGAUAGUAAUGAAAAUUUACAAUUAGUAAAAUUUCCAGCAGUUGGUUUAUUUAACUAUUGGGCUGACAUGUCUAAUGAUGAUAUAAGUUUACAAAGUUUAAAUGAUAAUUCUGAUGAUGAUGAUGAUGGUGAAGUGGAGUGGAAAGAACCUAAGGAUGACAAAAAUAAGUAUACUGAAGAAGCGGAACAACUAUAUCAAACUGGUUUAAAAAAAAUGAAAUCUAUCCGUGGUGAUAAUUUAGAAGCAUAUGAACAUUUUUAUAAAGCUAGUUUGUUAGGACAUGAAGAAGCUAAAGCUAAGUAUGCUUUUGCAUUGUUGUUUGGCCUUAAAUAUAAUCAGGACAUUGUAAAAGCUUAUAAAAUAUUUGAUGAACUUUCCAAAAAAGGAAAUCCAGAUGGUCAUUUAGGUAUGGGUUUUUUGUAUGCUGUUGGUUUACAUGUACAAGUUAGCCAACCAAAAGCAAUUGUUCAUUAUAUGAUGGCUGCAGUUGGUGGAAAUGUCCUUGCUCAGUUAGCAUUAGGUUACCGUUAUUUUGCUGGAGCCACAGUAGCAUUUAGUUGUGAAAAAUCAUUAGAAUUUUAUCAAGCAGUAGCAAAUAAUGUUGCCAACGAGAUAUCAUUAUCUGGUGGUCCUCUUGUUCAGCGCAUUAAAUUAAUGGAAGAGCAAGAUAAUCCUAAUUAUAAUAGUGGUAUUGUUGAUUCAGACUUGUUAGACUACUAUAAAAUGUUGGCUAAUAAAGGAGACGCACAAGCACAAGUUGGAUUAGGUCAAUUAUACAUGCAAGGUGGUAGAGGGGUGCCAAUUGAUUUACAAACUGCUCAUUAUUAUUUUCAAAAAGCUGCUGAAAGUGGUAAUGCAGAUGCUUACGGAUUUUUAGGAAAGAUUUACUUAGAAGAGCGUGAUGAUGCAAAACCUGAUUAUGAAAAAGCAUUAGAAUAUUUUUACAAAGCUGCUAAAUUAAAAAAUCCAGUUGGUCAAAGUGGUUUAGGUUAUAUGUAUUUACAUGGACUUAAAGUAGCUCAGGAUUAUUCAGAAGCUUUAAACUGGUUUACAUUAGCAGCUGAAAAAGGAUGGGUUGAAGGACAUUUAUAUAUUGGAAUUAUUUAUUACAAGGGUUUGGGUGUAAAACGUGAUUAUAAAUUGGCAAUUAAAAACUUUGGAUUAGCAUCAAAAUCUGGAAAUUUAUUAGCAUACUUUAAUAUGGCACAGAUGCAUGCAACUGGUAUUGGUGUAUUGCGUUCUUGCACCACUGCUCUUGAGUUAUUCAAAAAUGUAGCUGAACGUGGUAAAUGGGGUGGAUAUCUUAUGCAUGCUUAUAAUGCAUACAAAGAAAACAAUUUCAAAGAAUCUUUUGUGCUGUACUCUUUCUUGGCAGAAAUAGGAUAUGAAGUAGCACAAAGUAACACUGCAUUUAUAUUGGAUAAAGGAGAUGUUGACAUGUGGGAAUCUGAGAAAGAACGCUAUGUGCGUGCAAUGAUGUACUGGAGUAGAUCAGCAGCUCAAGGAUAUGCAGCAGCACAGUUGAAAUUAGGUGAUUACCAUUAUUAUGGUUUAGGUACAAAAGUUGACUAUGAAAUGGCUGCAAAUUACUAUAGACAGGCAUCAGAACAACAUCAAAAUGCUCAAGCAAUGUUUAAUUUAGGAUAUAUGCAUGAAACAGGAUUAGGAAUGGAACAAGACAUUCAUUUAGCUAAAAGAUGUUAUGAUAUGGCAGCUGAAACAAGCUUAGAUGCAAAAGUUCCUGUAUUCUUAGCAUUGACUAAAUUGAAUAUAUUGCAUACUUUUAAUAGUUAUUACAAAGAUAUUUUAAGUGUUAUGGCAAUUUUAUCAGAUGAUGUUACUGUACCAAUGAGUUUUAAUUGGGAUUUGUACUUAAUUGCUAUACUAUUUGCCUUACUAUCUUACAUAAUAUAUUUGCGAAGACCUAAUAGACAAGUACCAAAUACGUGAUAAGGAAGUUUAGAUAAAUACUAUGAUCACAUAUUUAUAUUUAUUAAUAAAAUUAUUUUUUUAUGCUAGUUAAGAAAUUUCUUGUAAGACUGUACUAGUUAAAAAAUUAUUUGUGGAAAAUCUUUAUAGUUUGUAGGUUUUCUAUUAAAUUUUUCAAUUGCUAAUCAUACUAGUUUAAAUUACAUUUAAAUAGUAUAAUUAUAAUAGCAUUGAAUUAAUUUACGUGUUUUAAAAUUUUUACAUCCAGUAUAAAACACAAAUUCAGAUAUUAAUAAUUUUACUUUAGUUAUCAAUUAAUGAGUGCAAGUUAAUAAAAAUUUAAAUUUUUAUCCUUAUCAAUGUGUAUGUUAUUAAAUUUAUAAAAAAAAUUACUUUUAAAUAAAUGCUUGAAAUCUCUCCUCCAAAUCAUUAUUGCUUAUCAUUUGUAUGUGAUUGAGUAUAAUUAGUGUAUUUGUUUUUCUUAUUAUGAAUUUACUUUUAACAUUUGUUAAUAACUUUCAUAAUUAAUUUACUUGUACAUUAUUGAUUAUUGAUUAUUUAUAUUUUAUUAAAAUAUGUAUAUAAUUAUAAAUAUUAUGAUAACAUGCAUGCGAUUUUACAUUAUUUAUUCUAAAUAUCUCUUUUUGAAAACAUUUUAUCUGCAGGAGCGUUUUCAGGAUCUUGUAAUGUUACUUCCUCCUUUAUUGUAUGUUUAUUAAGUUUACUUUGUACCAAAAGGCCAUUAAUUAAUGUGUUAAAAGGAGAUUAUUUGUUAUAAAUAAAAUUCCAUGUUAAUUAUUUUUCGUGAUAAAAUAUGACAUAGAAAUUAUAAGUAUUUAAAAUUA